AUGCAGGCAUCUUUCCUCGUAGGGAUUUACACAGAGGUGAUGGUUUUCGGUUUGGCGCACGGCACCUAUCGUGGGACUAUGCAGCUGGUUUGUGCAGCAAGCGGAUAUAUCGGAGCUCUUCUGGCUUUCAUGAGGACAGACUUGCCGAACAAUUGGACCCAGGAUUUGAUCAGGUCGCGAUCCUCGCGGAAAGGUGAUAGUGCAUCUCCGACUCGCUAUGCUUUUUGGCACAGUAUGUGGCACGUGAUAUUCCCUGCAUCAUCUUCGUGCGUAGUACUGAUCUCAGUACAUGUUCCAGGCCAAGCUCCACUACCUCGUCGGUCAGCAACCGUGUACAUCUCCUUCGUACUGUGUUGCCUUGCGGUGGGCCUUCUUUGGGCUGCCUACAAUUCCUUCAUCUCCAGAGGGAGAAAGCGCGUUUGA